UUUUCGUACAUGUUGCGCUAUGGUCGUCCGCAUCAAGGUGCGGGUGUUUACGUUCUCCAUCGAUCCAACCGUGGAGCACUCGUACUUGGUGGGCAGCGCCGCGGGUGGCCUGAGUUCUGCCAUUGGGAUGAUCGUCCUCGAAGACGACGAAGACUUGACGUUCGAGUCAGUGCGGCCGCGGAUAGAGCUCAAGGAAGAGAAUGGCCUGAUUCGGCGGAACCCCAUGUUCCAGGAAGCGCUGUUUCAAAUGACCGAAGCUCGAAACCCGCAUCAGUGGCCAAUGCACACAUUGCAAACGUAUUGGCUUGGGUACUACCAGCAUGAAGACGACCCGACGCCGACCAUCAUCCGUGUACCAUGCAUGUCCACACGUCUUCUUCAUUCGUACGCCAUAUCCAUAUCGUGAUGCCAAUUGGGGGUUGUUUAGACCGAAGACACGUCAUCCAAGUGUCUCCGUGACGUGCUCGACAUGAAGUCGACCAAAGUGACGGCAGAUUUGAUCGUGAUUCCGCAAAGUCAAAUCGGACCUGUGUGCUCCCAAUGUUGCCAACGGUGUGCCCUCUGCCCCUCUAUCCAACCACGUCAAACGACAUGACCACCAUAAUACAAAAUACCACGUGAGAAACAAC